GGCUGCCAUGUUGCUUGCGAGGUAAAUGUCCGUCCGUCCCAGAGGAGAUACUGCGGCACUGAGUCACGGUCCUGGUCUUCGCACGCCGUAUGGCUCUCAGGUUCGCCGCGUUGCUUAAUUAGGACAUCCCGGAAGAGAGCCGGUGCCGCGAGCAGCUGGGUGACGGUGCAGGGAGGCAGGAGGGGACCGAAAAGCAAACAGCACACUGCCACGAAUCCGUCCCUCGGAUAUUGACAGAAAAUACUAGACAUCCAGAGAGAAAUUCACAGCAGACGAGAAAAGGGAGGUAAGAUUUGUCACCAUGGAGGGAUUAAUGGAGCGAUUGGAGCGAGCUGUGACUCGCCUGGAGCACAUGUCCGUCACAAUGCAGGCGUCCAGCAGCAUGUCUAACGGGGACUGUGUCAACGGCAUCAACGGAGGUCUGUCUCACAGUGUGGAGGCCUUCGACGCGCUGAUGAGAGGUCCGCUGUCGGACUACCUGGAAAACAGCCGAGCUAUAGGGAAUGACGUGGAGAAACAUGCGGAGAUGGUGAACAACGCCCUGCAGACUCAGAGAACUUUCCUCCAGAUGGCUGCCACACACCAGGAACCUGCAAAGAUGGAGCUCAGCGACCUGAUGAAGCCGAUUUCAGAGCACAUCCAGGAGAUCCAGAGCUUCAGGGAACGAAACCGCGGAAGCUCCCUCUUCAACCACCUCUCAGCCGUCAGCGAGAGCAUCCCCGCUCUGGGCUGGGUGGCCGUGAGUCAGAAGCCAGGUCCAUAUGUGAAGGAGAUGAACGACGCUGCCACCUUCUACACCAACAGAGUGCUGAAGGACUACAAGGAAACUGACAGACGUCACGUGGACUGGGUGCGCUCCUAUCUGUCCAUAUGGACUGAGAUGCAGUCGUUCAUCAAGCAGCACCACACAACAGGACUGGUGUGGAGCAAAUGUGGUCCGAUCGCUCCGGCCUCCCUCUUUGACUCCGCACCAGCCCCGAGUGCUCCCUGUCCACCACCUCCCCCUGGCCCACCUCCAGUCCUCACCGAUGACGACUCCAAGCCUCAGGCUGACAGCGCGGCGGCCAAACACUCUGCGCUGUUCGCCCAGCUCAACCAGGGCAUGGACAUCACUAAAGGUCUGAAGCACAUCUCAGAUGACCAGAAGACCCAUAAGAACCCCAAUUUGCGCACUCAAGAGAAACCGACCAAAAGCAAGAGCCAGGGCUCUGUGAACGCACCCAAAGCCGCUGUCCAGAAGAAAUCCCCUGUUCUGCAGCUGGACGGGAAGAAAUGGAGGGUGGAAUACUUUGAGCAGAAACGGGACCUGGUGAUCGAGGAGACGGAGCUGAAACAGGUGGUGUACGUCUUCAGUUGUAACAACUCCACCGUUCAGAUCAAGGGGAAAAUUAACUCCAUCAUCAUAGACAACUGCAAGAAGCUGGGCCUGGUGUUUGAGAACGUCGUCGGGAUUGUGGAGAUCAUCAACUCCAAAGACAUUCAGUUACAGGUGUUGGGCACAGUUCCCACCAUUUCCAUCAACAAGACAGAGGGCUGCCAGGUGUACCUGAGCAAGGACUCGCUCAAAUGCGACAUCGUCAGUGCCAAGAGCUCUGAGAUGAACAUCAUGAUACCACAAGAUGAUGAUUACAAAGAGUUCCCGGUCCCGGAGCAGUUUAAGACCGUCUGGGACGGCUCCAAACUGGUGACAGAACCCACAGAGAUCGCUGGCUGAUUGCUGCUUUGUGCUCACCACCACUUAUUUUUUUUUUUUUUCCGUCCACAUGUUGUCAUUCUGACUAAAAGGGAUUUUAUAUAAGUAGGAGCUGCUUCAGAUUAACUGUUGGUCCACUUGUUGUUGCUACAUUUGUGAUUUUAUGGGAUUUCUCUGCCACUUGGAAGCUGUUAACCGUUACAUACCAAUCAGAAGUGUGAUUAUCACCGUCUAUAUAACAGACUGACACUAUAAGCACAGAAAGCUAGCACAUUAGCAUUUCUCACAUUUCUGUGCCAUAGCACAACAGGCUUUAUGUAAGACUAUCAGAAAAAUAGGCAAUAAUACAAAUGUGUCAUCAGCAUCAGAUCUACAAAAUAUUUUCUCUAAAUGUUUCAUAAGAUGUUUUAGGAUUAGAUUAUUAUGAACUAAAACGUAGAUAGACAUUUACGUAGAUAUAACAGUCAAUAGUUGGUUAACUUUUUAAACGUCUGCAGUGCAUGGCCGACAUGUAGUCUCAUUUCACUUCAAUGAGUCAAGUAUACACAGUAUUAUUCUCCAUAUUUUGCACUAACGGCUGCAUAGCACUAUUCGUACAGCAGAAUCAAUCAGCACAGAAGAACAUAGAGGGAGGUGAUGCUAACUUUAAAUCGGCUGAUCACAGCAACUUCACAAAAUAGUGGAAACUUUUACACUUAAGCACUUCAUGAACCUAUAUUACUUUGUACACCACCCUAUUUUGUAUUAAGACACAUGGAGGCAGGUAAAAAUAUGCGAUACAUAUACUUUUUGACAAAUUUUAAUUUACAACAAAACCAUGUCAUGUAAUUGUGUGUUCUUUUUCAAUUAAAGUCAAAACCCCUACA